CGGUGGAGCGGCUCCAUCUUGCGCAAAUCCAAAGUCCGAGGAAUCAUUAGAAAUAGUGCGUUAUUGCUAUCGACAACAAUCAUGUCGACGUCAUCGACGACAAAGAAAUUGUCGAAUGACCCCGAUCAGGAAUAUUUCUGUUUCCUGUUGAAGGAGGGCUUCAGCCUUUGGGAUUACGAAGCUAUUGUCAACUUUCCGCGUUUGCCCAAUUAUGACUUGCAAGCUAUGCGGAUGCAGCUGUGGAAGCAGUUUGGAGUGCCGAAAAACAGACGCAUCUUCUACAUCGACGAUGAUGGGGACAGAGUGCCAAUCGAUUCGGAAUGUGAGUUUGACGAAGCAUUGAAGCUCGCAAAAAAGGCCUUUAAGGUAAACACAGCAAUUCCAUUGAUUGUGGGUUCUUUUAACAUGUCCACAUUGUACAGCAAUAAGCAAAAUUCUAAAAUGAACAAGACCCGUCCGAAUAAAGAGUCAAAAAAUACCAAUGACGAUCCGAUCUCGUCCUUUCUUGAGAAAAGUGACAGUUCUGUGUUGGAAUCGAAUUCUGAAUUUGACAAACGGAAACGUCCAAUCCUGAAAGUACUAAUAUUGAAUCGAAAAAAAUCAGAUAUAAAACGAUGUGACGAAUCGAGUAACGAUGUGACCAGCAAGGAACAAAUAAAAUUAGAGGGCAUAAAAAUAGAGGGCAUAAAAAUUCCAAAAGAGACGAAUGCUUUAUUACGGUGUUCAGAUACAAUGCCUCCUCCGUGGUUCAUCGAAUACAUGGAAGCGAUGAAGAAAGACAUGGUGUCUACGAUCACAAAAGAAGUAGUGAAAAAAGUGACAGUGGAGCUAAACAAACAUUUAAACUCCUUUGCGUAUCCUUCGUUAAAGGAAGAACAAUCUCGAAGUCAAUCAUAUUCUUCUCUCUCGAAACGACAUCCUAAAUGCUCCUUCGAUUCGAACGAGAAGAAUCAAAAAAGGAUGAGCUCUCAGGAUGAGGAGCAAUCGAGCGAUGCUUCGAUCGAACGUGUGGACGAGCCGCAGAAUGUGAACACCACGAAAGAUCUGCAGACAAAGAAAGAUAUGAUAUCUACAAUUAGUCAAGAAGUGGUGAAAGAGAUGACGGAGAUGUUGAACAAAACAUCUCUUACGUCUGUCUCUUCAAAGAGACACGGUCAAUCCCGAAACCAGUCGCAUCUUUCUUCUUUGAAACGAUUUUCUCGAUAUUUUGAUCCACACUCAAGAGAGAAGAAUCAGAGAAAGAUGAAGUCUCAAGAUGGAGAGCAGUCAAGCGAUGACGCUUCGAUGGAACACAUGUACGAGUCGCGAAACGUGAAUAUCGCAGAUGUUUCGCGACUGAAAAAGCUUGAUCAUUUUAUUGAAAAUACUAUUCGUGCAAACAUGAAGGAGGAAAAAAAGAAGAGGAAAUAUCAAUGGAUGGCUUCAGAAACUACUGAUAACAUAAAUAGUGACGUCGGCAAAGAACAAUUUCGAAGUAAUAUACGAGAAGAUUUGAUUCCUCAGAAGAACUUGCCUCUACAUGUGGACCCAAAACCAGAUGAAACUAAGGGAGUGUUCGAGAACGAACUUCGUAUGAGUUGCUCCGUUACUGGACACCAAAUAUUGGACGAAGAUCAUUGUAGGGAUACCUGGUGCUCUGAUAUCGAUAAAACCAGCUUUUGUUCAUGCAAUCAAGAAGAGGAAGACGACGAUGCCUUCGAGAUUAUCCAGAUGCCUAUUUUGGGAAAUAGGGAUGAAUCGCAUUCUGAAGAGCUCGCUGCCGAGCAACGACGACACGACAGCAACCGGGAUUCACCCAGCUUCGAACUCUUAUCAGAAUCGCCCUCGCCUACACCUACAUGCUUCAUGCAUUUCAAUGAAGAACAUUUCUCGGCGAAUGAGGGAAAUCCUGAGUAUGAAUCUUUUAGCUUUCUUAACUCGCGGUACAGCUCCAUUUAUGUGAUAGAUAUUCACGGUAGAAUCUAUAACGAUUAUGAAUUAGCAAAACUCAAUUGGCAAAGCGUUAACGCUGAUUUGAAAAAACGAAUUGAUAAAAAACGUAAUUUAUACAUAACAGAUCAACUUCAGAAUACUCACUGUUCGAAUCCAAUCCUAGAGCGAUCAAACGAAUGGAAGAAGAAUCCUCGAGAUGAGGGAUGCAAUACUCGCGACAACGCGAGUAACUCGUACGACGAUGUGAGAAACUCGCAUACGAGUUAUCUGACCGUGCGAACUCACUGCGAUUCAAAGUCGCAAUCGCAGUGUAGUUGCCAAUCGCAGACCGAUUUGAAUGACUUCACACAAAGCUUCCACUCUCACACCACAUCGAUUACUGACACGACCGACAUUUACACUGAGGCCUAUGGCAACGAUAAAUACGACGAGCAAGUGAUGACAGCCAAGAACGUACAAGAAGUGGGGACAGGAACAGCGGCAGUAACAACAACAGCAACAGCAACAGCGACAGCGACUCCGAGAAACGAUCAUGAUGAAACUUCGGUUGAUCGUCUGUACCAAUCCACUCAAUCAAGCAGAUCUUCCGAUAGAGUGAAUUCUAAUGUAGAAUCAAAGAAGACAUUCAUUGGCGAGACGCUGGACAUUCAUUGGCGAGACCCCGAUUCUGCCCACAUCUUACCAGAAUUAGUUACCGCGGCCGCCCAUGUCGGUUCGUUCGCUUAUGACACUGCACGCGAAGUAUUUGACAAGAUACGAGCACACACGAGGGAGGAUUCUGUUAAACGUCAAGCCAGUAAACACAUAAAGCGCGAUGAUCAAGCAUAUUCGAAGCGCAGAAACUUUCAAACCUUCACACAUCCUUAAUAUUAAUAAAUUACUAACGUAUACUAAUCAUUUUUUUUGUUUAUAAUUGAUAUAUAUAUACUAUAACUAUACAUUACACAGGAUUGCUAAGUAGAUCUAUUAGGCAAUAGAUAAGUACGCGUAUCGGAUUUAUAGGCUCGAAAUAUUGUUGCAAUCGAAAUGUAUACGGUCUCUCAUAAUAUUGGAAUUUCUUAGAUCACGCAGUGAAUAAGGUUAAGUUUCUUGUUUACGCCGAUUAAUGUUAAUUGAUUUGAGAAAUACUUAGAAUGCAUAGAUCCAAUUGUUAACAGAAAGAAUUUUGAUGACACUGAAUCAGUAGAAUAAGAAUUUUAGAAAAAAAUGAAUAUUUUGUUUAUACGAGCGAUUCUUAAUUGCGAUAAAAUAAAAAAAUAUCUCGGUGAUAAGUCAAGAUAUUCUAUCGAAUAUUACGUGUCUAUUUAUGGGGUGAAAUUAAGAAUCACUUUGUAUGUAAUAAUAUUCGUAGUAUAAAAUGUUCUCUAUAUCAUAGAAUAUUAGAAUUGAAUCGUAGCUGUAUAAAAUUAAGGAACAUAUACAUAUAAUGAAAACGAAUAGACGAAAUUAGGAAGAAAAGAGUGAGAUAAUGCGAAAUAGUUUUAGGUUGUCUGGAAGAAAUAAUAGAUUUGAAAAGAAAAUAUGAAAUUCUUUAUUAGUCUAUCCGUGCAUAAAUAAUAUGGGGGCUAGAAAUAAAUUGUUUAUAUACGAGGAUAAAUCAAAUAUAAACGAGAAUUUUUAUGUAUUAUUUAU